GGCGCCAGAAGAAUUCAACUCAAUGCCAAAAAUCCUAAACCGUUAAAUUCUCAGGCGUCGUCGUCGUCUCCAGUACUUCCUCUUUUCUGUAUCAGCUUCUCUCGAGUCUCCUCUGCAGAACGGAUAGGGAGAGAAAUUCUUUUAAUUUCGGCAAAAAAAGAAAGCCCUAAUUUUUGUCGGCAUGGACGGCGCUAGCCAGCCUAGUACGUCGACUUCAAGCGCUUUCUCCUUCAUAUCGAAAGGCUGGAGAGAAGUUCGGGACUCGGCCGACGCGGAUCUGCGACUCAUGAAGGACCGAGCCAAGUCCUUCAAGAACCUUGCUGCCUCUUUCGACAGAGAACUCGAGAACCUAAUAAAUUCGGCGCCGACUUUUGCCGUUCCUGCGAUUCGGUCGUCGUCGGAAAUGGAGUUCAUGAAGAAAUUGCAGCCUAAAAUAUCGGAAUUGCAACCGAAAUUCUCGGAAUUCCGGAAAGUGUAUUCGGCGCCAGAGAUAAGCAGGAAGGUGAUGGAGAAGUGGCGGCCCAGGGCGAAGAUAGGGAUUGACCUGUCGGAGAUUAGGAAUGCGAUAGUGGCGGAGGUGCAGGAGAGGGAUACGGAUGGCGAUGGGAUUGUUAGAUUUGAUAGGAUUAGGAAAGGGAGGAGGAUUUUCGCAGAGGAUGAGCAGUUUGGGGAUUGGAAGCCAAUUCGAGCGUUGAAGACGAGGUUGAGGGAGUUUGAUAGAAGGCGCUCGAUUUCUUCUUCUGUGGAGAUUUUUAGUGGGAUUAGGUAUAGCGAGUUUGUUGAGAAAGUGAAGUCCAGUUUGGUAAGUUUUCUCUCUCUCUCAUUUUUACAUCUUAUAUCAAAAUGGGGUUUCAGUGGACUUGGGAGAAUUAUUCUCUCAGUGAAAGUUUUGAUUGUUGCAGAUCUCCUCCAUUAAGUAAUGAGAAAUUGCUAUGAUUGUGACAAUGCUUCAUAAUCAAUCAAAAUGCAUUUUUUUCUUUUCUGCAAUUGUUUGAAACAGGAGAUAAAACCAUUAUUAAUGGAGAUGAAAUAGCUGAAAGGGACCAAGGUAUUUUAUAAAGCUCCCAAAGCCCCUGCAAACGAAUAAACUCUUGUAAUUCUGGCUGUUAAACUGAACAUCCUUUAAUGUUUAGUAGUGUUUGGCUUCUUGGUUUAUUAGAUGCUUUAUCUGCUUUUGGUACAAUUAAUACUUUCAUAGUCAAAUAGAUAGUGUCUUAUCUGAUUGUGUUUCUCCUUCUAGAAGGCCUUUCCUGUUAGUAGUUAGUUACUUAAGUACUCCUCUGAUUAGGAAUUAUGUCUGAUUGUGAUUUAUGUUAUCUUUUAUACAUGAAGGAAUGUUCAUAAUGUUGAGACUUAAGAAUCAUGCUCAUUAUUUUGCUCUCCCUAACUAUAGUAUAUGAGAUUAGGGGCCAGAGUUUGGCCAUGUUAAUUAAAUUUGGACAUUUUUGACAUAUGGAUCAUUCUUGGUCAAACAUUUGCUUCUAUAAAUAUGUUUUCUAUGGUACUUUAGUUGCCUUUUAGUUCUUUAUUUGAUAAUUUUUUUGCGCUGUUCAAGCCAAAUCAUCAUAAUUUGUGAAGGCCAGACAUCACGAACACUAGAACGAGUUAUCUCCUAACCUGUUCCUGUGGUGCUCCUAAGGUAUUUGAAGCUGUAAUUCUUAUUAUCCUCAAUAAUUAUUUUUUUUUUUCUUUUAAAUUUCUUUUGCAGAAAGCUAUCUGCAAGGAGCCUGAGGAGUCAAAGGUUUGUUUUAAUCUAUUGAGUUUCUCUUUCUUUUUAUAUGACAUGAGACUCUGCACCUGUGCACCAAUAAAUAUAAGAAUAAAAGUGUUCAACUCUA